CUUUAGUGAAUUUCACAAACUCUCUCUCCUCUUAUUGGUCUUGUCGCUGUUUCUCCAUCUCGCUCACUUCUCUGUCUAUCUCUCUUUCUCUUCCGGCCGACAGCACCACCACCCACCAUCACCGUCUCAGUCGGUGAAGAGUGGACGGCAACUGAGUCCGUGGCUGUGAAAAGUGGACGACUAUUGAUUUUGAGGGGCUUUUAUGGUAUGCAGUGAUGACAACUGUUGAGACAGCAAUGAAUCAGCCUAAAAAUGCCAGUAGUAUAGAAGCUACAGCGGCUUCCACGUUUCAGAACUCUGCUGCAGGGUUCAAAAGAUGGGGAAGGAAAUCACCAUUUGUUAGAUAUGGCGUUCCUAUGAUUUCACUCACUGUGUUUGGAGCACUUGGUCUUGGCCAUCUCUUGCAAGGCAGCAAGGAUAUUGCUAAGGUGAAAGAUGACCAGGAGUGGGAGAUCAUUGAGACAAGAAAAGCAUUGUCAAGAACAGGACCUGUAGAAGCAUACAAGCCGAAAAAGAUUUCUCUGGAAGAAGAGCUGAAGGCUUUGCAAGGGAAGGUUGACAUUAACAGUUAUGAGUACAAGAGAAUUCCCAAGCCAAAUGAGGUCAAGUGAGGAUAGAAUAGAGUUAUUGCAAAAUCUCUUUGUUAUUUUGUUGAAAGGUUUCAGGGUACUCCCCUAUCCGCGUGCUAGUGACUCAACUGAACAAACUUACGACGAGUUAUAAAAGAAUGUCUGCUAUUUCUUUGCUUUUUUACCCCCCCUUGGCAAUGGUAGUUGAACUGUAGUUGUACCAUUGUAGCUGAUGAGAAGCCGUAUUUAUUUUUAUAUAAUUUCAUUUUGAUGCCUAUGAAUAUCCAGUAUUAAUUGAAUUAAGGACAAUAUUGAAUGAGGAAAGCCAAUGAUCGUGAGUGACAAAAAACCUUUUCAUUCCAUUUUUUGUUUUGUUUUCAUUUUCUUUCUCUGUAUAAAUGAU